AAUCCACCUUAAAUCUCUGCACCCACUGCACAACCCAAACAAUGGGAAUUAAGGGGGAAUAGCAUCAUCAUCAUCAUCGUCAACAACAAAAAUAACAACGAGGGGAGAAGCUGCUGCAAAGACUACUGCACCCUCCAUCCUCCUAUCCAUCCCUCCAUCCAUCCAUCCAUCCAUCCUGCAGGCCUGACUGUCAGUGCAGCAGGAAGGGGGAUUGCACUAAGUAUAGGGUAGGUGGCCUCUCAGGGGUGGGAGGGGGUAGGUUGCCUUCAAUCACAAAGUUUGAUGAUGACCAUGACUACGAUGGCUGAAGGCUUGGAAGCUCAGGACUCGUCCAAGUCUGCCUUUAUGGAGUUUGGUCAGCAGCAGAGCUCCCACUCCCAGCAGAGCUCCCCGGGCAUGGCUGCCAAUCACUACCCCCUGCACUGCCUGCACUCCGGCUCCCACCCUCACCACCACCACCAUCACCACCAGCACGACAGCUCGUCCUACCCGGGCACCAACUCUCAGUACAACCGAUCCCUGGCAGCAGCAGCAGCCGCCUACCCGUACAUGAGCCAGCACAGUCCCUACCUGCAGUCCUACAACAGCAGCAGCUCCAGCAGCACGACCACCCAGACCCGCACCGAGGAACCAGUGGAUCAACAGAAAACAACAGUCAUUGAAAAUGGGGAAAUCAGGUUUAAUGGCAAAGGGAAAAAGAUCAGGAAACCUCGGACAAUAUAUUCCAGUCUUCAGCUUCAGGCUCUAAAUCAUCGAUUCCAGCAAACACAAUACCUGGCACUACCAGAGAGGGCAGAGCUGGCUGCUUCACUGGGCCUAACCCAGACACAGGUGAAGAUCUGGUUCCAGAACAAGAGGUCAAAAUACAAGAAACUGCUGAAACAAGGUGGCAACCCCCAUGAAAGUGACCCCUUACCCGGCGCCGCCGCCCUCUCCCCCCGGUCUCCGGCUAUCCCCCCUGUUUGGGACGUUUCAGGAUCUGCUAAGGGUGUGAACAUGGCCACAAACAGCUACAUGCCCGGGUAUUCUCACUGGUACUCCUCGCCCCACCAGGACACAAUGCAGAGGUCGCAGAUGAUGUGACAUUUUCAGCACUGCGACUUAUGGAGAGACUAUUGUGGAUAAGAUCCUCCCCCAAUCCCUACCCCCCACCCCCCAAUUUUAAUUUUUUUUGCCAAAUGAUGAGAGGAUCCGGGAGACCUUCUUAUAAGAAACCUCAAUCACAUGACUUGAAGAUCUUCAUAUCCUGGAGUCACUUUUCAGCCUUCAAAUUUUUUUUUUAUUUUUUUUUUGGGGGGGGGGGGUUCCCCA